AUGGCUGUUCUCAAGUCCUUACCCGGAAUUGAGGUUACGGUGUGUGUUGAUGACAAACCAUUGAAAGAGUAUGAGAACACCGAAGAUGAGGAGAUGUUGAAUGAACCAGAAGGGCUCGGCAAGAAGUUUGAAGUCACCAAACAUCAGCGUUCUGUGACUGUCAAAAAGUUUGUCGAAUCUACGGCCGGCAAGUUCUUUACCAUUAAAUGCUCCGUCAAAAACCCAUAUAGAUAUGCAGGCGCUUGUACGCAUAUUUCAUUUUGCUCUUCUAUCGAUGGCGAGAACCUGUCUUGGGCCCCUCUUUUCAACAAAGAGACAUAUGAAAAGAAUAGUUUUAGCUUGACUCGAGUGGUCGAGGGAAAUUUCUACAAGGAGGAAGGAAAGCUACUACUGCAGAGAUUACAGUUCACAGAGACGCAAUUGACUCAGUGGAAUAAUUCGAUCGAAGCAGCCACUCGGCUUGACGGAAACGGACGUUACGUGGGUGAAAUCGAAGUGAGAUUCUUUCGAGAAAUGUCCCCAUCAAAGGCCAGUCUUGUCAACACAGCUCCAUUGGUCAGUAAAACCGAGAUUCCGGAGAACUUGUUGAAGGGCCAAGCAAAAUCGCAUAGCACAUUGUUUAGUCAGGGAGAGGCUGAAAAAGAAGGUAAAUAUGUAAAAAUGAAACGCUGCGAUGGUGGAAGAGAGUGUCCUAUUGGAAUUUUCAAUUUUCAAUAUGGCUCGAAAGGUUGGAGAGAUCUUGAAGCAUUAGGUAUUGUCGAAAGAAUGCCGGAGCCAGAGUCAUCGUUUGGUUGUGGUCAUGAUUCUGAACGGCUACCCAUACCGAUGAGUGGACCUCAAGCUCCAGAGAAGUUGUUCUGGGGUACGAUGAAAGAGGCGGAGGCGGAGGCAGAUGCAAAGCUAUCAAACAACAAUUCUGGUGGCGGAUCUACUUCCAGUCCACUGCCAAACAUGUCAACCCCUCUAUCAAUCAAGCAAGAAGUUCAACAUGCCGGACCUGGUCGAAAUGCUACCUCGAAAGCCCCUUUAGUGCCUGUCGGAUCUUCUAAUGUCACGUCUCCAACAAAUUCUGCAUCCUGUAAUUUUCUAGAUCUAGAUCCAACACAGACUGGACAAUUAUUUGGACAAUUCCUGCAAUACUUACAAACGCAAGGAGGCGGGCAGCCCUCACAAGCACCUUCGCCACCCCCAGUAGGAACCACUCCCGCGGCUCUUCCCAGUCUCUCAACAUCCACCAGUGGCAGCGAAAUUGUCACUACAGCUACUCCGAAGCCACCGGUUAAGCGCGAGAAAGAAGGAAAUGAGAACAAAAGUCGCAAGAGACGUCGCAAGGUUAGGGGGAAAGUUACUAUUGACCUUACAGAGGGCGAUUCUGAUGAUGACGUUGUGAUUGAUCUUGAUUCGGAUUGA